AUGGUGACUCCCUGGCGCUUCUCCGUCCGGGUCUGCUUGUCACACCUCAGGGGUUUUGAGCUCAGAAAGGAACUCGGUCUUUUAAGACCCUCUGGACGAAAUUCCAGACUAUGUUGGCUUCUGCUUGGCACUUUGCCCAAACUCGUCUCAGUCUGUGGCGACACUGGUGACGGGGCCCCUGAGCCCUUGUGUCAGCGAAGGGCCAGCUGGGGUGAACUGGCUGAAAAUGGGCCCCUGGAAAGAGUCCCCCACGAAGGGGGGCUCGGCUGCCUCCUUCUGUACCUCCGGAUUGGGCUCCGGGCUGGGGCUUUCUUGGUGAAAUUCUUCCCCCUCCUUCUACUCUACCCUCUCACCUACCUGGCUCCCAGCAUCUCCAGCCUCUGGCUCCACCUGCUUCUGAAAGCCACCGAGACCUCAGGCCCAACGUAUAUCAAACUGGGCCAGUGGGCCAGCACCCGGCGAGACCUUUUCUCAGAGGCUUUCUGUGCCCAGUUCUCCAAGCUGCAUGUCCGGGUGACCCCACACCCUUGGAUCCACACUGAGCACAUCCUGCAGCAGGCCUUUGGGGAGGACUGGGGGAAGGUCCUGUGCUUUGAGAAGCAGGAACCUGUGGGUUCAGGCUGCGUGGCCCAAGUGUACAAAGCACGUGCCAAUCCUGUCUUCCUGGAGAAUGACAGCAUCCAGAGACUUGCCAAGGCCUCCGGGCUGCGGCCUUGUUCAGAAGCCGGGGCCCGUUGGGGGCUGGGAGAGCUCUGUGGACACCUGGAGAAGGAGUGGGGAUCUCAAGGAAGUCUUGCUGACCAGUCGUUUCUAGAAAGGCUGCUUCUCCCUCAAGCUGACCUGGUUGGAUCAGACGCAGUUGUGUCUCAGGCUUCGGCACCGGCCCACCUACCUGAACCACAUUACCUCAUCCCGGUGGCAGUGAAAGUAUUGCACCCUGGCCUGCUCUCUCAGGUGAGAAUGGACCUGCUGCUGAUGAAGAUGGGCAGCCAAGUCCUUGCACUUUUGCCAGGAAUCAAGUGGCUUAGCUUGCCUGAGAUAGUGGAGGAAUUUGAGAAGCUCAUGGUCCAACAGAUCGACCUGCGCUACGAAGCUCGGAAUCUCGAGCACUUCCAAUGCAACUUCCUGAACGUGAAGUCUGUCAGAUUCCCCACCCCUCUGCAUCCCUUUGUCACCAGGGAUGUUUUGGUGGAAACGUAUGAAGAGAGUGUGCCCGUGUCCAGUUACCAGCAGGCAGGGAUUCCCGUGGACUUGAAGAGGAAGAUUGCUCGGCUGGGGAUCGACAUGCUCCUGAAGAUGGUAUUUGUGGACAACUUUGUCCAUGCGGACCUUCACCCUGGGAACAUCCUGGUGCAGGGUGCCGAUGGUCUUUCCAAGAGCCAAGAGGCACGGCUGCAGCAGGCGGAUGUUUGUGACACACUGGUGGUGUCCAUGACGCCUGCCCGGUGCCCACUGCGCCUGGUGCUCCUGGAUGCUGGUAUUGUGGCUGAGCUGCGGGCUGCUGAUCUGAGGAACUUCCACGCAGUCUUCAUGGCCGUAGCAAUGGGGCAGGGCCAAAGAGUGGCUGAGCUCAUCCUGCAUCACGCUCGGGCCAGUGAGUGCAAGGACGUGGAGCGAUUCAAGGCUGAGAUGGCCGCACUAGUAACGCAGGCCAGGAAGAACACUAUCACCCUGGAAAAGCUCCAAGUUUCCAGCCUUCUCUCGAAUGUCUUUAAGUUACUGAUGACUCACAAGGUAAAGCUUGAGAGCAACUUCGCCUCCAUUGUGUUUGCCAUCAUGGUGCUCGAGGGGCUUGGUCGCUCACUGGACCCCAAACUGGACAUCCUGGAGGCAGCCAAGCCCUUCCUGCUGAAAGGGCCAGUGUCUUCCCCCUGACCGGCAGUGGGCAUGCUGCAGGCGUGCAGUGGGCCUUCCUCUCGGAACUGAAGACUCCUCCCAACAGCCUCUCCUGGGGCAGCGAGAACACCUACAAAUUUUGAUGUGUGAAGGGCAUGCAUUGCUUUUCUCUCUGAUUUGGCUUUAGGCAUCUGUUUAAAUAGCUUUGUGUUACUUGGGGAAGUAAAAGGAGGGAAGGUUCCUAUCUAUUCAGUUGUAGGAGCUGGGCCUGGUGGGAGACUAUUUCAGGGAAAAGGUUCUGUGGAGGAGGACAAAUAAACUCGAAUUAUUUUGUUUUCUU